GUAAACAAGGAAUCGAAAUCUUCCAGGCCCAGGAGGCCGAAUUUCAGUCAGCAAGACUGUAUACUUCUUGCUAAUAUUAUGGGGGAGCCCCAUGAGACUCUUGCCCCUUUGACCUACCACCAGGUAGAUAAACACCGGUUUACUAGUGGAAUUACAAGUUCAGUAAAGAAAGACUCAUGGAGGACGAUUACUGAGAAGUAUAAUGCGUCUGCUACUAUGUCCCGAGACACUGUCACUCUACAGAAGAAGUGGGACAAUUUAAUUGCCAAGCAUCGUUCUAUCUGGAGUGACUACAAAAGGGAGCUCACAUUGACAGGAGGUGGUCAAUGUGCAGCCAAAUAUGACUUAGUUACAGAGUCAGUAAUGGAUGUAAUUGGGACAGACACUGCCGCAGUAGUUGGCAUUGGAGAAGCUGGUCUGGAUACUACUUUUAAUUUAUUGAAAAGUCAGACAGUACAGGCCACUCAACCAUUGCCCAUUACAUGCACAGACAAGUCAAACAACAGUCCCACAUUCUUCAGUGAAAUGGAUACAGCUCAAUCUAUGACAGACAAAGAAUAUGCUGGGAAGAGGUGCACCUGCACCUGUCAUUCUGAAAUUCAGAGACUGAAAAUAAAAAAACUGAAGCUACAGAUAAAACUAAUGGAGGUUCAGCUUAAACAGCAUGAAGAGGAAUAAGAAAUAUGCCUGCAUCCUCUUGGACAUUUAUCAAUUGUACCCCCCGACAACAAAGUUGUAAGGGGGGUAUACUGGUUUCAGGUUGUCUGUCUGUCUGUCUGUCUGUCCGUCUGUCUGUCUGUCUGUCCGUAGACGCAAUCUUGUGCGCACCAUCUCUCCUUAUCCCCUUGACACAAUUUAAUGAAACUUCACACAAGUGAUCAGUACCAACAGUAGUUGUGCAUGGGGCAUGUUAGGUUCUUUUAGAAAAAAAAUUUGCAGAGUUAUGGGACUUUGUUUUUUUGUUACUGUACUAUAUACAUAGACACAAUCUUGUGCACACCAUCUCUCCUCAUCCCCUUGACACAGUUUAAUGAAACUUCACACAAGUGAUCAGUACCAACAGUAGUUGUGCAUGGGGCAUGUUAGGUUAUUUUAUAAAGAAAAAUUGCGGAGUUAUGGGACUUUGUUUCUUGUUAACAUACUAUGUACAUACAGUCUGCAUAUGCAAUCUUGUGUGUGCCUAAUCUACCAAACCCUUGCACACAAUUUAAUGAAACUUCACACAAGUGAUCAGUACCAACCCUAGUUGGGCAUGGUGCAUGUUACAUUCUUUUAGAUAAAUAUUCUGCAUAGUUAUGGGACUUUGUUUUUUGUUACUAUACUGUAUACAUACAGUCUAUAUACAUACAGUCCACAUAAUUAUGCAAUCUUGUGUGCGUCAAAUUGCAAUGUACUGUGUCAGUGCAUGCGGGGGGUAUAUUCAUCACCUUUAGUGAUAGCUCUAGUUAAAUUUGCUUAUGGUCAACGUCAAAUCUUUAUUACUUAAGAAAUAAUAUAUCACAUCCAGUGAUUUGUCGUUGAAUAAAUCAUUGUUUGGAGUUCAGAUGCGAAGGAAUUAUAUCACGACGGCGCAGCCCGAGUGAUACAAUAAUACGCAUCUGAACGACAAACAAUGAUUUACUUAUCAAAUAAUCAAGGCCUUCGAGUGGUUUAUCAUCUGAUUUACAACGGUUCAGAGUUCAGAUGCGUAGGAAUUGAACCACGAGGGCGUUAGCCCGAGUGGUUAAAUACUGAAGCAACUGAACAAUGAACCGUGGUAAAUUAGACGAUAAAUAGCAAGAAGGCCUUGAUUGUUUUCAUUCUGACAUGCUCAUUGACAUGUAUCUUCUAUUGUAAUAAAUAUUAUGCUGGAUUACAUUUUUCCAAUGAGUAAUGUAUCAGACGUCAUGUGUCAA